GCAAACCGCAAAAUUUGUUGAAUAAUUAAGUCGUUUAGUCCGUGGUUCAAUAUUGCAACGAAUUUGAAGUCAAAUGAUUUAAUAAGUUAAUUUUUGAAAUAUUGUAGCAGCAGAAUAUGGCACAACUUAACGAGGAGUCUGAAAUCGCGCCCGUCGGAGAGUACCAACAGAUUCUACGGCUGGUAAAUCAGCCUAUCGUUUCCAACACUGAACCAAGCAAAUGCAAUCUUUGUAGUAAGAUGACCACUUCUGACGAAGGAAUUAUUUUAAUUAACUGUUUGCAUUCGUAUUGUAAAACAUGCUUGCAAAACUCGUUACGCCAUGCAACCACGGUGCGCUGUCCCUUUCCCGAUGGUCGCUACCAAUGCGAUGGAAUGCUAUCGGACCAUGAAAUCGAAGCUCUGUUGGGCUCAUGCGACUACGAGAUUUUGUAUAACCGUGUAUUCGAAGCGAUUCAGCAAGACGAACAAGUCAAAUCUCCAAAUCCUUCGAUCCCCAAGGAUCUAGAUCUACUUAUAACUCUUACGGAUGCCUCAAUCGUACCUAACCCGGAAAAGUUUGAUUGUCCCAUAUGUUUUGAUUCGUUCGAGGCAUACGAAGGAAUUAUUUUACGUGAGUGCUUCCAUUCAUUUUGCCGUGCAUGUUUAUCGAACUCGAUCAAGUUUGCGGAGGACGUCGUAGUACGCUGUCCAUUUCCAGUGAAUGAUGGGACAUGUGAUCAGAUAAUUGAAGACCGUGAAGUUAAAUGCCUGCUAAACGACGAUGAUUACAAGAUAUAUUUGGGUCGCUCCUUGAAGAAGGCAGAAACUAUGGCAGAAAAUGCAUUUCACUGCAAAACACCCGACUGUGAUGGGUGGUGUCUGGUGGAAGAUGCAGUUAGCCUGUUUCAAUGUCCCGUUUGUUUUGCGGAUAAUUGUCUACGCUGUAAGGCUAUCCAUCCUGGAAUCGAUUGCGAAGAAUACCAGGACAGAAUGAGCGGUGAUUACGAAAACCGAAAAUCUGAGCGGACCAUGCUGAAACUAGUGAGCGACGGUCAAGCAAUGCGUUGCCCUAGUUGCGGAAUUGUCAUUACGAAAAAAGGGGGCUGCGACAAUAUGAAAUGCGCUAUGUGUAACAAUAGCUUUCGAUGGACUGCUGGAUAAUAGGAGCACAUACACUGCCACAACUGAGUUAAUGUCCAAGUUGUUUCGUUUUCACUAAUGAAGUUAUAUGAAUAUGAAAUUCGAAUUU